UCUGGGCAGGCGGCGCGCCGGACAUCUCCCCCGCGGGGUCCUUCGGGUCCGUUUGAAGUGCAGCUCGAGCCGGGCGAACCGGAGCCGCGGGAAAGACAACAACAAGAGGGCUCGAAGAUGUCAGGGAUUGCCUUGAAUCGCCUCUCACAGGAAAGAAAGGCAUGGAGGAAAGACCAUCCAUUUGGAUUUGUGGCUGUACCUGUGAAGAAUCCAGAUGGUACAAUGAACCUGAUGAAUUGGGAGUGUGCUAUUCCAGGCAAAAAAGGGACAACUUGGGAAGGAGGCUUAUUUAAACUCCGGGUGCUUUUUAAGGAUGACUAUCCAUCUUCACCGCCAAAGUGCAAAUUUGAGCCACCAAUAUUCCACCCAAAUGUAUAUCCGUCAGGAACUGUCUGUCUGUCAAUUCUAGAAGAGGAGAAGGAUUGGAGGCCAGCAAUCACUAUCAAACAGAUAUUAUUAGGUAUUCAAGAACUUUUAAAUGAACCAAAUGUUCAGGACCCAGCUCAAGCAGAAGCCUACACAAUCUACUGCCAAAACCGAGUGGAGUACGACAAGAGGAUUCGUGCACAGGCCCGACGAUUUACACCAACAUAAAUGUGAGCGAGGGUGGGUUAUGGCAUGGACAACAGCAGAUGCCAGGGAAAUUGCUCAGCAAUACCUUUUUUUUUAAAAACAAAAGUGACCAGGUUUUAAAUUGGGCCUUAGUUUUAUAAAGCCCCAGUAUAUUCUUUCCACCAGGAAUCAUCUGAUGACUGACAUAUUGUUUAUUUCCUCCAGUCCCAGAGCUUUAAUUUGUUUUUUUCCUGUUGUUGUCCACUGUUGUGGAAAUGAACCUGGUCAUUUGACAAGCCAGGGACUUGCUGACCUGACUUGAUCCAAAAUUCUUUCAGGAUCCUGGCCAACAAUUUGUAUUUUUGAUGGUAUAUGAUAAAAUAUAAAGAUGAAAUAGACUUGCUUUUAUUUUAAUAUGGAAGAAGCUAAUAUUCCGAGUGCCGUAAAAAGUUAAACUUUUAUACUUAUCAUAAUACACAAGCACAUACAGUAAUACCAUCUUCAUUUAAUAUUGUCGGUGUUUAAAGAGAGGAAUAUUGUUUAUGUUGUGUUGUUUACUCAAAAUUAGAAGGUUCAUUUAAGCAUCCUGGGCUUAUUUUAUGCUUCACCAGGAAGUGAGCUGGACUCCCAUCUGACAGUCUGUUCUGCCUUCUCUCUAUUUACACAAUCUUGUAUCCAUAUGUGUCUUAGAAAUAUAAUAAAGGAUUCAUCCAAAAUGUU